CGGUUACAGCUCUGUCAAGCUUUGUCUUUAAACAACUCCAAACCAACACACCCACAUCUUAUCAUUUAACAAUUAGAUAUUAUGAACAAGCAGCAGUUUAGCUAGCUACAGAUUGGAGGUAGGCUAUCUACCAUCAACAGCUAGCUUAAAGUUACCGCACACAGCAGUCUUUCCAGCCAAGCCGUGGGGUUCACAAACACUCUAAAGCGUGAUUUAAACUAAAACUAACGCUAACUCUGAAUUAAACCAGCUGAAUGUAACCUUAGAUUUACCAGUGGCGGACUUCGGAAUUACCGGAGUUAACUUAACGUUACCGGAAGGUGAAGCUUUAUUUUAAUUUUUUCGGAAGUAAGCUAGUCACCUCCUCAGACCUGAGUCUUCACCAUGGUCUUCACUGAACGCACAGAGGUCCAUUAACGCCAGAGGAAGACAGAUUGUUAAAGGGAGUGUAAGUGAGUAAAGUAGCAGCUCCCCUACUAUAAACCCCUGAGCCUCCCCUUCAUCACAAAAACACUCCACACAAAAAUUGGAGUCCCUUGAGGGCAGACCCUCCAGCGUCCCAUCUUGUACAGAUAAAAGGCUUCGGCCGUGGCUGAAUAAACCCAGUUCCCGGCUUCAACCGCGAGCCCAGCCUGAACCGUCCGGCGCUGCUGCUGCCCGCCUCCCAGCAUGCUGUCCAGGGACAAACGCAGCACAGACGGUGAGGCUGGGGAACGAAGAGAAGACACAGGGAGAAAGGCAAACUCUCACUUCACCACUCAAGCUUCUCAGCUUCUUGCUGUCAAGAAAGUGGUUUAACAAAACAUCCGAUUGUGCAAACCCAAGUUCCAGUCUUACCUCUUGCUGGUAGCCUGCUCUGUUAUCGAAGUACAUUGAAGAGAAAAGAUUUGAGAGAGCACAAAACAAACGUGGCUACUCAGUCUGCAGGUCAACCUUCGAGAGCACACAGGUACGGAUUUGUAAGAGCAGAAAUAGAUUUGUGACAGAUGAUUUGAGCAUGCAAGAGGAAUUGUCCGACUACAUUCGAUCCAGCAAAAGAGAUUCUCACCAUCGUAAUGAUCGAAGCUGCUCGAGCUCACCUUUGGCAGCCUGAAUUCCCUGAGAGUUUCACCUGUUUAAUUUGACCUGGAAGUGAAAAAUCAAAAUGCGUUGAGUUGACACUAAAUGACUAAUAUCACAUUUAUUUUAUGGGAAAAUUAUCUCAUUUUUAAGUGAGUGAGUUUUGAGAGUCAGAUUAAUUGAAUAAUUUUUUUUUAAUAAAGAUAUGAGGAUGUGUUGCAGCAUUCAGAAUGACAACAAUUUCAGAAUAGGUGUGGCGCAAAUCCGACGUACCGGUAUGAAUAAAUUAGGCGACAGUAAGUGGAUCAGUUGGAUCGACAGAUUAUGCAGACUUUAGCUCUGAAAAAUACAUGACCCUGCUGUCCAGAUGUGGGUGUGUCCUGUUGCAGCUUGCUGGUCAAAAAUGGUUAGCAAGUGACCUCUUGUGACCUCGAGUAGUGUUCCGAAUUUGUUUUGUGCUCUUUGAAAUCUUCGUCGUCAAUAUAACUUCCAUACUCUGUCGGAUGAGUCGAGAAAAAGAACAAAUCACCCAGCAUGGAAAAACAGGAAAAUUGGAGAAGACUGUUUGCUUUUUUUAUCUGCAUAAUUGAUCCAUGUCAAAACCUGAAAACAAAUUAUUACAGAAGAUUAUGAAAUUAUAUUAGAUCAUUUGGACAGUUAUGUGAAGAAUUGACCUCCAACAGAGUUAAAUAACUUUAAGUACACAGAGUUCGGUCUUGUCUGUGCAGCAACAAUAUAAAAAACACACAAACAGAUUUGGAAUACAUUUUUUCUCAGACCUUAGAUAUUUGAUUGCACUGUCCAGGAUCAUGGCUUUAUUACUCCUGUCAGAUGACACAUUUUAUCUGUUUCUUUUCCGUUUUAAGUCUCAAUCCACAAAAUUGCAUAUUUAUACAAUAUUAUUAUUGACAGGAAUAUGUGUUUCAGAAGUCACUAAGGUCACCAAACACACCCAGCACACAAGGGCGAAGCAAGUUCUGUUUUAGGGUGGAUUUCCCCUGAAACGAACUAGCGUGCAGCCAAAACAAACUCCUGCUGAUGGUUUGCCUCUUGCCUCUGGUCUCUCUGGCCUGCUUCUAGACAGCAGCCGAGGGACCCUCAGCGCUCAGAGGGAGGAGUGGAGGAGUCCUCCGGCCCUCCCACUGGCUAUAAGACCAGGGGCAGACGGAAACACUCAGACGGCAGGCACACGUGGAGCAAAGAGGCAGGGAGCGAGAAGGACGUGGAGAGAGGCUGAGAGAUAGAGGGAGAGAGACCAAUAGAGAGCAAGAGCCAGUCAAACUGCUGCCACAGACGGGGAGUAGUUUUUGCUAUUGGGAUUGAAACAGACAAAUAUAGAAACAACGGACCAAAAAAGAGGUUUAGAGAAGAAAAAGAGGACAAAAUCAACAGCCAUUUGGCUUCGACGUGCCAUUCUAAAUUUGGGAUUAACAGAAAGAAGAACUGACCUUUUGGGAUGUGAAGUGUUUUGUGUAAACCAAGAGAGAAAAACACAGCAGCUCUGAGGUCAAGUUGCUCUUGACCACUGACCUAAGGAUCAACUCGCUGAUCUUUUAAACCAAGCCUAACUCGUCAUCAUAAGGGCUACAUCUGACUCACCUGGCUUGACUCAUUUUGCAACCAAGAGAAGUUGGGGGGUAAAGUAAUUUAAGCGGUGGGUGCCUUUUUAGUCAAAAGCAUCAACAGAAAAAUAGCUAAGCAACUUUCGAUAUCAAACUUGCAAACGUUACAAGUUGAACCUCGCCAAGUGGAAGUCUCACGAGGAUUGACCAGCAGCUGACAGAACAUUGUUUACGGUGAAGAUGACGUUCGCCAUGCUGCGCACGGCGCCUCCCGCAGGCCGCUUCUUGUACGGCGACAUCGCUCUCCUCUCCGAAGACGACGAUGAGAACGGGAGCGAGGGGUCGGGCUCCGAGGAGCGUACCACCAACUCCUCCAACUACCGCCUGUCCUCCUCUUCGCCAUCUGCCUUUCACAUCAAGGUGAACAGGAAGAGGAAGCUGUGCGGGGCAGGAGGGGGCGUAGGGGGGGAUGUAGAGGCCAUGAUGGGGAGGCUCCUUCCCCAGGGGUCUCCCAUCCUUGGGGAGGGUCGCCAGAGGACUGCAGCCAACGCGCGGGAGAGAGAUCGCACCAAUUCUGUCAACACGGCAUUCACAGCGCUGCGCACACUCAUCCCCACCGAGCCCGCAGACAGGAAGCUGUCGAAGAUCGAGACGCUUCGUUUGGCCAGCAGCUACAUCAGUCACCUGGGGAACGUCUUGCUCCUGGGCGAGGGGCUUCACGAUGGACAGCCGUGCCACGCUCCCUCACCACCGUUCUUCCACGUGAACUCCUCCCCCAGCCGAGGAUCUGACCAAUCAGCUCAGCCAAAGCACAUCUGUACUUUCUGCCUCAGCAACCAAAGGAAAAUGAACAAAGACCGAGACAGGAAGACGGCCAUCAGAAGUUAACAAUGAGGACACAACCACACGGAUGAAAUGCUCGUCACUUUGACAGCGCUUUCAGUGAUCUUAUACUACAACUUGAAGACUUUUCAGACUUGUGUUGCAUUUCAAAGACUUAUUGAAGGACUUCUUUAGCACUUCGAGGACUUUUCAAGGAACUUUCCAACCAUUUCUUCUUAUUGUUUUCUUACUUUUCUUUUAAUCACUUUUUACUUUUUUAGAGUGUUUUCAAAUAUGAUUGAAAACAUUUCUGAAAAGUUGAACAGUACUUUUAAGUGGCUAUUACAUGCUUAUCAAGACCAUGACGAACCUUUCAACAACAUUUAUGUAUAAGCGACUUUUUACUGUAUUGUUCAAAGACUCCGGGACUCGUUGGUCAGAGUCUAAGGAACUUAUGGCACAUGAUCGAAAAACACACAGAACCUUUUGAAACAAAAAAAUGUAUUCAUCAAAAAGCUGUGGGUUAUUAAUGUGUAAACUGAAAUACAAAUGUAUAUUUAUGUGACAUAACAUUUAUAUAAUGAAACUAUGUUAUUUAACCGGCAUUGACAUUCAUAACAAAUGAUGUAUAAAGGUGCAACAAAUUGGCUAUUGACACAAUUUAUGACAUCACACAAAAAAAAUAAAAAUACAUGCUGGAACUUUA